AUGGAGGGUCUCUUCGCAGCAGUGUGCAAGAAGCGCAAGCGCCCUUCGGGCUGCGAGGGUGCUCCGAGCAACGCGCGUCGGGAGCAUCCCGCUAAGACUGGCAUCGAGGCCUCGCCGGUUCUACGUCUGAAUGUCGGGGGCAAGGAAUAUGUGACAUCUCUGAGCACUCUUCGAAGAGUAGACUCCGGCAUGCUGGCGAAGAUGUUUGGGAGCAAUCUGCCUUCCGCCACCAUCGGCGGGGCUUACUUUAUCGACCGUGAUGGGGAUCUCUUUCGCUUCGUCCUCUCCUACUUGCGAGAUGGAGCCGUGGAGCUUCCCAGCUCCUUCCAGGAGCUGCGCCGCUUAGAAAGGGAAGCCAGCUUCUUUCUGCUUCCGGGCAUGCUGCAGCUGAUUCGCUCGAAGAUGUCAGAGGUGCACCUGGAAGUGAGGCUUUUUGCAGAGCCCUUUGGUUGCACCGCGGAGCAGUGUAAUUGCGGGGACAUCCCGACGCGUUCAGCUAUGUCGAGCUGGAACAAAUGGAUUUUGCCAACGAUGACUAUCUUAAUCACCCUGUGCCACAAAAGAGACCGGAAUUCAAGUCUCCAUUUGCAGUCGAGCAUGUUUGCCUGCAUGCUGUCGUGCCUCGAGAAUCCAGUGACCGGUACGUGCGUGUAG